AUGGCGAAUAAUUUCAAUAACAAUUUAAAUAAUCCACCAGGCCAUCAAUAUAAUGAUCCACACGAUCACGAUCCCGAAGAAACUUCCCGACAUAAUCGAUUCGAUGUUAUUCAAGGAAACUCAUUUUCAAACUCGGACCACCGACUUGCUCAACAACAUCAAAUUCAGCAACAGAGUCAAUUCGAUAUUAAUCAAGGAAAUGCAGCAUACUUUUCCCCGAUAAAUAGCUAUUCGUACCGUAACAAAUCUAUUCAAAGUGCUAGUUCUAAAUCACGAAG